AAAAAUAUUAUUUACCUAAGAAAUUAAUUUAUAAAAUUCAGUUCACGUUAAAUUCAUAUUUUAAGGAAUUAAAUUGACUAAAUAAUAUUUUUUAUCAUUAUAAAAUGAAUAAUAUUAAAUAUUUCAAAUUAUCUGAUGUUUCCAGAAGCAAUUUAAAACAAGAUAAAGAAUUUUUGUAUCCUGCGGAAAUUCGGAAAAUAAAAACUAAAGAGAAUUUCGAUUCCAGAAGAAGACAAUUAUUAACAAAUUGGGAAUUACAAGAGAAACGCUUCUUAAAUUUUAAGAAAAAUCAGAAAAUUAAAAAACUAAAUACAAUUGCCAAAAAUAAAAUAAAAAAUGAAGAUAUCAAAUUUCGGAUAGCUGUGAUAAAGGACUUAGAAUACUAUAGACGCCUGGAUCUGGUGAAUAAACUAAAAAAAAAAGAUAAAAAAGCAGUGGUAAAUUUAAAAAAUCUUAAGCGUUCUGCAUUUGCUAAGAAACUGGAAAAAGAUUAUAAAAGAUAUUGGAGUAAAAUUGACACACAAACAAGAAUAUUAGAAACAAACAAAUUAUUGAUAGAGAGAUGUGUAGACCACAUAGACCCAACAGUUGAAGAAGAGGAGAUGAUUGAUGAAAUCGGGAAUGAAAAUGAAGAGAUAGAAAAAGAAUCAGAAUCUUCAGAACAUUGUAACUACACUCCCCAAAAAUUAAAAUCUACGGAUCGUUAUACAUACAUUGAGCGCAUUCAGAAUUUAAGGAUGAGUUCCAGUAAAUGCCAUCAGUACACUGAAUUCUGGGAAAAAACAGCGCCGCUAUGGGACAAAAUGACAGUGUGUUUGCAGGCCAGCAAUGCCGCGACAUCAGCGGUCAGUGAGACGUCCACUAAUAAAGAGUUUACAGAAGAAAAUACUCGACGACAACAGUGCGAUUUGGUGGAUGAAGGCCGACCGCCCACAUUGGUGCAGGAAAUUAUGAUGAACGACGUGGACUACUUUUUGUCGGAUAAAAUGGUGAUCGAAACGAUAGAACGGGCCAAAUCGUUAUCCGCACCAAACGUGUCCGCGGCCGACCUCAUAAACUUGACUAAAUGUUUAAUCGAAUAUGAGGCUGACGUUAAAAGCAACGUUGAAUACAUGGUGUCCGGCCUGACGGAAAGAGCCGUAUUCGAGUUCACGAAAAAGAAAAUUUCCGAGAAAAUAUUCGUAGAUAUGCGUAGAACCAUUGAUAGGCUUCAACACUUGAACGACGACAAUGUGAUUCCUAAUAAAAUUAUAAAAUCUAAGAAUAAGGUCGAGGUCACCUCUUUCGUUUGCAACAGUAUCAACAAGGUCGAUAACAAAAACUUCAAACGAUUCGACAAACCGCUCGAUGACGAUCCGCAUUACGUGGCUCUAAUUUCAGAAACAGCCGACGAUAGAUUACAGAAAUUUCUGUGGAAAAACUUUAAUCAAGAGAAAAUGUCCCCGAUAAGAUUCACAAUGAAUUGGCAAGUGAAGCUUUUGGAGCAUGUUGACUAUGUGGUUCAGUCGUUCUUGAAGCAGGCGCACCAAAAAACAGCGCACUUCGUAUCCACCGCCAAGGUAGACGAGUAUGCUGAGCACGUCAAAUCUAAAACGGAAAGUAACGACACAACCGUAGUGUCAUUGAAGAUGAAUUUGGUGUACAGGAUUAGUCGAAAAAUCUCAAAGCUGGUGUUUGGCAUGUUUGCGACGGAAGAACGAAAAGCGCACAACCUAGAAGCGACUAUCAACGCAUACGUGUUGCAUGUAUCAAACCGGACGACCCGAGUGAAUUACAAUAAACGUCACUACAAACCGCGUGAGCAGGUUGACACUAAAAGCUUUAUUGAGAAGUACAAAAAUGUGGAAAAAUCACUUCGAAACCAAUACCAAGCACUAUAUUUUUAAUGUAAACAAGAAAAUGCAUUGUACCUACCUAAUAUUAAUUAGCUACAACUAUAAUUUUAAGUGCACCAAAUCUCACACUCCGCUGUAUGCGCAAUAUGCUUAAAAAAGACUGCAAAAAUAAUUGUGUUUUAUUAAAAAAUUAAUUUUAGUUACUUUUAA